CACACUCAAGUCUUUGUAACCUCAUACCACCUAACUCAUUUCUCCUAUAUACCUUUCUUUCAAUUUCAAUGGCAGAAACUCAACCAAAACGCCCAAGAGAAGACCAACACCACCAUCUUUUUUCAAGUGAAGUUGACCCAACAAAGCACCACAAAACUUGUAAUAACUACACCCAAAUCCUCUCCAUUCUUGACGACAACACUGAAGAAGAUCAACACCAAGAAACCACCCAACGUUUAACGGAGUUCUUCACAUCUCUACAACAAGAACUAAUUAUCUCAUCAUCAUCCGACGACCCUUUACCAGAAGAAAAACAACAAGAAGUGGAAGAUGGUGAAGAAAAAGAAAGGGUUAUUAUUAGACACCUUCUUGAAGCUUCUGAUGAUGAGCUUGGAAUACCUGAUGAUGGUUAUGGAGUGUUGGAAGGUAAUGAUGCUGCUGGGUGUUGUGAGAGUUUGUGUGAUGAGUUGUUGGGCCUUGAAGAUGAGCCUGCUAACUAUUGUAGUUUAUUGCACUCAGAACUUAUUAUGUAGCCUUCGUUGUUUUGUUGGAAAAAUCUAUAUUCUCUUAAAAGUCU